ACAGUAAUGGACCCCCGGUAUAGUGCUCAGGACAUCCUAAGGUGCAAUCUUUGUGAGAUUCAUGUGGUACAAAGUCACUGCGAGCUUUGUCAAACAAAUCUUUGUAAGAGCUGUGUAGGGGAGCAUCUUUCUGAUUCAACAAAGAAACAUAGAGUUGUACCAUAUAAAGAAAGAACAUCAACUCCUAACUACCCAAAAUGUCCAGCGCAUUCCAAGAAUUGUGAACUUUACUGUGAACAAUGUGACAUUCCUGUCUGUUCUACCUGUAUCUCCUCAGGUAAACAUAAAGGACAUCAUUUAUCAGAUGUUUUACAAAAAAUCAGCUCCAAAACAAAAGACAUGGAAAAAGAAUUCAAAGAACUUGAGACUAGAAUUUUCCCAAAAUAUGAAGAAAUAGCAUCAGGCAUAAAAAGCAAAAAAGACAACUUAGAAACACACUAUAGGAAACUGACAACAGCUGUCACCAAACAAGGAGAAGACUGGCACAGAGUAAUUAACAUCAUUGUCAACAAACAAAAAUCUGAAAUUGAUGAGAUGAAAACUGAACACCUGGCUGCCCUAAAUAAAGAGGAAAAUGAAAUCACAAAAAUUACUGCAGAAGUGAAACAAAGUAUUGCUGAUCUGAAGAAAAUUCUUGGAUCCACUGAUAUUUCCUUAGCCUCUGUAUACAAACCCAGAAAUGCAAAGUUUAAACGUUUACCUCCAGAGAUCAAUGUUUCAUUACCAAGUUUCUCUCCUCAUCAGAUCAACACAGAUCAGCUCCAUCAAAUGUUCGGUUCUCUGUCAGCAUUAUCUAUUACAACAGAAGAACAUGGCUACACAAUAAAGACACUAGAAGCUGUAUCCUGUCCUCCAGUCAAACCACUGCUUGAUGAACCAAAGCUCAUCACCAUCAUAGACACGGAACAUAAAUAUCUACACAGUGUUACCUGUCUCAGUGAUGAAGAAAUCUGGACACGAGGAGAUGACAAAAUCAUGAAACUCUACAACCUCCAGGGCAAACUACUGAAGUCAAUCCAAACCAAGUCUGGAAACAAACCACGUGGCAUAGCAGUGACAAGGAGUGGAGAUCUAGUUUAUACUGAACCUGAUACAAGAACUGUAAACAUAAUGAAGAAUAAACAGAUACAGGAAGUGAUCAGACUACAGGGGUGGAAACCUAGGUAUGUCUGUAGUACCUCCUCUGGUGACCUCCUGGUUACCAUGAACAGUGAUGAUGAACAAUCAAAAGUUGUCCGUUACUCUGGUUCCACAGAGAAACAAACCAUUCAGUUUGAUAGUGAAGGUAAACCUCUGUAUUCAUCUGGUAACAUUAAAUACAUCAGUGAGAACAGGAACCUGGAUAUCUGUGUGGCUGACAAUAGAGCUAAUGCUGUAGUGGUGGUUAAUCAGGCUGGAAAACUCAGAUUUAGAUACAAUGGUCAUCCCUUUACUACCAAGGAAGAAUUUGAUCCACUCAGCAUCACAACAGACAGCCAGAGUCAGAUCCUGACAUCAGACUGUAAAAACAACUGCAUCCACAUCCUAGAUCAGGACGGACAGUUCCUCCGUUACAUUGAUAACUGUGAUCUAUCAUAUCCAUGGGGUUUAUGUGUAGACACCAGAGACAACCUUUUUGUGGCUGAGUUGAACUGUGGUAAAGUGAAGAAAAUCAAAUACAUGUAAACAUUCCAUUAUGUCAGGAAAUGAUUGUGAAUUAGAUAUUUAGCUAUGUACUGAGAGUUAUAAAGUCAU